CCACACAAGUAGAUUCUUAAAAAACUUGCCUAAGGCUCUCCAUCAACUCUCCAAAACAUGGACCGUCUGCCCGGUAUGAACAGCAGCCUUAAGUUUUCACCCCUAACGGAGAAUCAGCUAAGGAACCUUUUCAAGAGAUACGACGCCAAUGGUGACAAUCUGCUCAGCAAGGAAGAGCUAAAGAAAGCCUUUGAGUACCUGGGCUCAAUUAUCCCUUCCAUUCACGCAGACCGUGGCCUCCACCAUGCCGAUGCCAAUAAUGACGGAUACGUCAACGAAGGGGAGAUGGAUGAACUCGUCAAAUACGCUAUGCGAGUUGGAUUUACCGUCAAAGACGCUGAUCCCUUCAGAUCCAGCAGCGUUAUGCCCCGAAGGGACGGCCAUGACAAAUAUUAUGGAGACACUUUCACCGAAGCUGAUGCCAAUAAUGCCAAUGGAGACGGACUCACCACAUCAUUUGGAUUCCUAACGAAAGAGCAGCUGAUGGAGAAAUUCAAACAAUGCGACGUCAAUAAUGUCAGACAGCUGAGCAGGGCAGAGCUAAAGAAACGCUUUCAAUACUUCAACAAAGGGGAAUUGAACAAACUCGUGGAACAUGCCCCGAAACUCGGAUUUACAGUUGAGCCGUAGUAAUCCUUAAUUACGUGCUUAACAAUAACUUGGUGUCUUAGUAAUGUGUGCGCUUUGUGCUUGCAAGCUACAGACUCUUCUGCUAUUAUGUGGGAUCCAGAAGAAACCAUACUCUUCUAUGGUCAUGCUUGUAUUUCCUUGUCAGCUAUGUAUUAUCCAAGUUGUAACAUC